CACCGAGGCCCACGUCGGCCUCUUGCGCCCCUGCGCCCGUGGAAGCCCUCGCGCUGGCUGCCCUGCUGCCUCAAAAGGCCAGCACAUUGACUAUGACCUCAACUCCCCGAUCGGAGUCCACACUAGCAAGAACGCACCCCUGUGCAAGCAAACCGUCGCAUCUGCCACCCGCACCACCGUCCAGGCUGGUAAGAACAUCAAGACCGAGUACUCUAUCGGCGCUGCCCACGGAGGUGGACACUGUCAGUGGGCUCUGUCGUACGACAACGGCAAGACCUGGGUUGUGCUCAAGACCCUGAUCCGCAGCUGUCUCCAGAACGUCAGCGGAUCCUACUCUGUCAACGUCCCAAUCCCUAAGAACGCACCCAACGGCAAGGCCACCUUCAUGUGG